AUGGCUUCCCAACAAAUGUCCGACCGGGUGGAGGGUAUGACCACGAACCAUACGCUGUCUCACAAAACCUCUCUUGUCGUCAUCGUCUUCCUCGCCCUCGCCGUCUCCCAUACCCUCGAGGUCUUCGUCAAGAUCUUCCGCCUCUUUCGCACCUAUCACGGCGUGUACUUUUACACGCUCAUCGCAGCCUCGGUCGGUAUCGCCAUACAUGCCUUUGGGUACUUCAUCCGCAACUAUGGGAUAUCCGACUCGGCCCCGCUGGAGAUCGCCUUGGCGUGUGGCGGGGGUAUGCUCAUGAUCACUGGCCAAUCCAUCGUACUCUGGUCACGACUACACCUCAUCAGUUCUGGAAAGAGAGAUUGGUGGUUGCUCUGCAUGAUCAUAGCAGCCUGCAUAAUCGUGCAAGGAGGGGCGACUGCGCUUUUUGCUGGCUCGAAUUCACCGAAUCCUAAGAGGUGGCUACAGAUCUACGAGAAGUGGGAGAUCUUCCAGGUUACCUGGUUCGUCUUCCAAGAGUGCCUCAUAAGUGGUCUCUAUAUCUAUCGCACCUUCGCUCUCAUGCGCAGCUCGGCCGCCUUCCGAGGCCCACACGCCAAGCGGGUCUUCAACCAUCUUAUCAUCGUCAACACGGUGGUCAUCUUGCUCGACGUCACGAUCCUGGUCCUACAGUACAUAGGCCUGUACGAAAUCCAAACCAGCUGGAAGACACUCGCAUACGCCAUCAAGCUCAAGCUCGAAUUCGAGGUCCUCAAUCAACUUAUCGCAUUCGCAACGAGGGGCUUCGAUGCGCAUGCUGAAUCGCACGAUAUAUCCGGAAGCGCGGCCUUGAAGGACGACACAGGAGAUCUUACACGGGAUUCUCGAUUCGGUCACUCGGCGCAUCUCCGUAUGAACGAUGGAACAACAGCGCUACCGAUGGGGAAUGUAAUGAAGAAGACGGAUAUCCAGAUCAGCGUCGAGCCGGAUACUCUGAGCGAGAGAAGUGCAAAGGUGCUAUACGGGAGGGAUAGCGGGGCGAUGUGUUGA